AUGUCGGUGUUAGUAGAGACCACGCUCGGAGCGCUAGUGCUGGACCUAUAUGUGGACGAUUGUCCAUUGGCGUGUACGAAUUUCCUAAAAUUAUGCAAGACAAAAUACUAUCAUGGCUGUUUAUUCUUUAAUGUUCAAGAGAAUUUUAUGGUUCAGACAGGAGAUCCAACGGCUACGGGGAAUGGUGGCGAUUCGAUUUAUGGCCAAUUAUAUGGAGCCCAAGCCCGAUUUUUUGAAGACGAAUUGCCGCAGCCAAUCAGACGGUCUCAUGAAGACCGCAGGGGCCUCUUAGGAAUGGCGUCUGGUUUGGCCAAUCAGAAUGGAUCACAAGUAUACCUAACCACAAGAGCCGACGAUAUGGCAUAUUUAGAUGAGCAGCAUACGAUUUUUGGUGAAGUGGCCGAAGGAAUGGAUGUUUUAGACCAGAUUAAUGCUUUAUAUGUGGAUAAAGACUAUCGACCAUAUCAAGAUGUACGAAUUAAACACACGUACGUGUUGGACGAUCCAUUUCCAGAUCCAAAAGGACUGGAGGAGCUUAUUCCUCCAUCGUCACCGACUCGAGAAAGACCAGCGCAAGAGCAGGUUGAACCAAGACUUGCAGCGGAUGAGAAAUUGGACGACAAUGAAGGUAGGACGGAACAAGAGAUUGAGAAGGCGGUCCGGGAGAAAGAAGCCAAGUCACGUGCUGUGGUGCUCGAGAUGAUUGGCGACCUGCCAGAUGCAGACGUGAAACCACCGGAAGAAGUGCUGUUUGUGUGCAAGCUGAACCCCGUGACGGAAAGUGCGGAUCUGGAUAUGGCUUUUUGUCGAUUUGGAACGUGCAAGUCCGAAGUAAUUCGAGACCAAAAGACGGGCGAUUCCUUGUGUUUUGCAUUUGUGGAAUUUACAGACCGGCGACAUUGUGAAGAGGCGUAUUUCAAAAUGAAUAAUGUUCUACUGGAUGACCGUCGCAUCAAGGUGGACUUUAGUCAGUCGGUUUCGAAGUUGUGGAAUAAGGUCAAACGACGACCGUGGGAGAAGACGAGCAAGCGUGAUGGUGACGCGGUUGCUAGUGACAGGAAAGGAGGCGGCCGUGGUGGCAAAUAUGGCGGUGGUAGACGUCUUGAGCUCGGUGGUAAUUUGAGGUUGAAGUCGCGUGGUGCCGACAAUUUCAAGCUUGUGGAAGAAGAAGAAGUCGCAUCUUCUUUGCGUCGAUCGAAACCAGCUUCUGUCCGCCAGCAAAGUCGUAGUCCUGACAGACGGCAAUCGUCACGAAGCGAAAGGGACUCGGCGCGAUCACAGCGGGAAAGGAGCCGGAAUUGUGAGCGACAAAGUGAUCGACAUCAUAGCUCGGGCCGCGAACGACACGAUCGACGACAUCAAAGCCGUAGUCGGGACCGAGUGAGACGGAAUCGAAGUCGCAGUCCUAGCAGAAGUCGCAAGCGCAAACAGAGCAGUGGUCACGAUUAUCGUUCUCGUCGGUAA